GCGCUACCCCGGCUCUUCUCACUGAGCGGGAGGGGAGGGAGUCAGGCUCCUGCGGACCAGAGGAGAUCUCUGAAGCUGUUGCCGUGUCGCCGCUGUCACCGCUGCUGCACUGUACCCCCCGCUGCUGCUGAAGCGUUCCGAGGUCGGCUUGGAGUCGGACAGUCCAGAUAACAAGAAAUUUGCAGCACAAUCAACUUUGGAUCAUGAAAGUGUAGAGGGAAGAAGAAGAAGAAAGAGAAGAAGAAAGAAGACAGGUAUUCUAAGGGCGACAGCCAUUUGCAAUAAAGGAAACUGGAUUUAUUUCUCGCUGAAAGGAUUAAAAAACAAGAAAGCAAAUUAUUUCCUCUUAUUGACACAUUUCGGCUUUUAUAGAGAUAAUACAUCACUCUUUGCCCCACUGGAGCUUACAGUCUAUGGUUCCUAUCACAUUCAUACAAAGAAGGGUACAUUUUUUCCGGAAACCAAUUAACCUGCCUGUAUUUUUUGAAGAGUGGGAGGAAACCUAGGCAGACGCGGGGAUCAAAUACAAACUCCUUGCAGCCGCUACACAAACUGCAACUGAAUUGAGGACGUCAGCACUGCAAGGCAGAAAAGCUAUGCAGGCCAGCAUCAUUUAAAGAGCAGCAAGUUUGUGUCAAGACACAGUACAAAAUCUGAACCAAAACUAAAUCUGUUUGUCAACUAAGAGUUAUGCUGAGUUCUAUGCAUAGAUGAUCUGAUUCAGAAAGGGACUCAUUAAUAUGACAACUAGCAGCCGUUCAUGUCCUGUCCCAGCUGUGAAUAGACAUAUGAAUCACUACCCAGCGAGUCACUAUCCAUUCCUUUUUCCUCCUGUCAUUGGUGGACUCUCAUUACCUGCUCUGCAUGGACUUCAUGGUCACCCUCCAACAAGUGGCAGCAGUACUCCAUCCCCAGCAACCAUCGAAACCCAGAGCACGAGUUCAGAAGAUCUGGUACCAAGUCCACCAUCACCACCCCCACCACCUCGAAUUUACAAGCCCUGUUUUGUGUGUCAGGAUAAGUCAUCUGGGUAUCACUAUGGAGUCAGUGCAUGUGAGGGAUGCAAGGGUUUCUUCCGGCGGAGUAUUCAGAAAAACAUGGUAUACACUUGUCACCGAGAAAAGAACUGCGUUAUCAAUAAAGUUACAAGGAACCGCUGCCAGUACUGCCGGCUACAGAGGUGCUUUGAAGUGGGCAUGUCCAAAGAAUCCGUCAGAAAUGACAGAAACAAGAAGAAGAAAGAGCCUUCAAAGCAAGAGUGCAUAGAGAGCUACGAGAUGACAGCAGAGCUGGAUGACCUGACAGAGAAAAUCAGAAAAGCUCAUCAAGAGACCUUUCCCUCACUAUGUCAGCUGGGAAAAUACACUACGAACUCCAGCGCAGAUCAUCGUGUCCGGCUAGAUCUUGGACUUUGGGACAAAUUUAGUGAACUAGCCACAAAGUGCAUUAUUAAAAUAGUGGAAUUUGCAAAACGCUUACCUGGAUUCACCAGUCUGACCAUAGCAGAUCAGAUCACACUACUUAAAGCCGCUUGUCUGGAUAUUUUGAUUCUCCGAAUUUGCACAAGAUUCACCCCAGAGCAGGAUACUAUGACUUUCUCAGAUGGCCUUACCCUCAACCGAACUCAGAUGCACAAUGCUGGAUUUGGUCCACUCACUGACCUCGUGUUCACGUUUGCCAAUCAGCUCCUGCCCUUGGAAAUGGAUGACACAGAAACUGGCCUGCUCAGUGCCAUCUGCUUAAUCUGUGAAGAUCGCCAGGACCUGGAAGAACCGGCAAAGGUGGACAAACUGCAAGAGCCGCUUCUGGAAGCGCUAAAAAUUUAUAUCAGAAAGAGAAGGCCCAACAAGCCCCACAUGUUUCCAAAGAUUCUCAUGAAGAUCACAGACCUCCGCAGCAUCAGUGCAAAAGGUGCGGAACGCGUGAUUACACUGAAGCUGGAAAUUCCUGGCUCAAUGCCGCCGCUCAUUCAGGAAAUGUUGGAGAAUUCGGAGGGGCUCGAGGCCUCCGCACCCAGUCCGACCGAGGACACAACAGAGCACAGUCACUGCAUCUCACCCAGCUCUGAGGAGGAGGAGCACGUUAGUAAAUGUGCACAGGUUCAAUAGGACAUCUCCCCUCUACUCCAGACAUUCCCACCAUGAGAAGCGCACAGGGAUGGAAAGCAAAGAGCAUCAUUUUUUUCCACUGCUGACUUUGCAGACUUGACGUUACGUUAAACCCCCUCCCCCCAAAAGACCAAGUUUGUUCUCAUUUAUAUAAGCCUAUUUACUGUUGCUGUUUACAUUCUUGACUUCUUUGGACUCUUAUUAGAAGCAAAGAAAAACAAAAAAAAAACACU